UGUUCGUUGCUCUGGCUGCUUAUGUGCUGCUUUGGAUCGUAAUCCACAUACAGUGGUUUUGUGGUUGGGUCAGUGUGGUGUACAAGUUACUCUGGAACGGAAGUAUUGUGCUCGGAGUGCUCACUUUGUUUGGAGACGCAUUUCUAUUUACAAAGCAGUGUUGUUGUAUAUAAUUUUUGCUACUACUGCUAUUUACAAAGGUGGAAGGAAUAUUAAUUAUUUAUAUAUUCACUAUUACGAAUGAGAAAUGAAACAGCGCUUGUAUAAUUUGGACGUAGUUUCAGUAUAGAGAACUACAACACAUACAUACGCGUAUCUACUACAGCAUACAAAAGUAUACAUAUGCAUGUGAAUUAGUUGUUUGUAGUUGUUGUGUGCAGUUGCGAUUGAGUUUCGCCCUGUUUUUUUUUUUUUGUGUUUUUGUGAUUUAAGACGCAGUGUUGUUAUAAAAUGUCGCGGGAAGAGGAAGAGGAGGAAGUUCGUUGUCUGCUUCUGCGGCACAAGGAACGCAUAAUGCUCGAUUUGUGUGAGACUGACCUGUUGAUGAUCCUUGUUAAGAACUCUGUGCUAUCGCAGUCUGAAGAGGAUUUGCUUUUGAAGCCGAAUUGCUUCGCAUCUGAUCCGUCCAGUGCUCCACCUACAGUGGCCGUCACGAAGAGAAAAUUAAGCGCUGCUAUUAGUAGUGGAAGCGGUAGUAGCAACAACACUGUUACUAGUUAUGGUGAAGGUGGUGUUGGUGAGGAAGGCUGCUCGUCUAGUGCUAGUGUUAUUGGAGAAAAUGCCCAAAGUGAUAAUCGUUCCAUAACCUCACCCCUGGUGAACGAUAGUGGGACAGAUGGUACCGAGUGUAAAAUAAACCAAACAGAAAAUAGUUGUGAUGACGAUUUGAAUUCAAACUCAAUUAAUGACAUCGAUAUGUUCCAAGAACAAUCCACCAAUUUGAUAGAAAUCAUUGCCAAAGGGGGAUUCUCCAAAUUCAAACAAUUUUGUUAUGCCAUCGAUAAUGAAUGUCCAAAGCUGAUUGAGGACUUGUUCAACGACAAGGAAAAAUGUGACGCAGCAAUCAAUAAUACUUCCCCAAUCGAGGAUAAAGUUCAAAAAGAAUUAGAGCCGAUCGAUUGCACAGAUAAAGAAAAACAAAACGAUCGUAACCGUCGAGAAAUCGGCUAUAGUGAUGUAGAUACCAACACCAGCUCUUUACCGCGCGCUGCUCCCCGUCGUAUUUCAUUGAUGAAAGAACCUCCUCCGCCACCUCCACCAAAGCCAAAGCAACUUCCUGUGGCUAAAAACACUGGCACCGUCUCACCCAUGCCGAGCAAAUAUCCUCAGUCCGAUUAUAAUCUAAUUCAGAAAAUGGACUCGAACAGUCCAUUAACAGCGCCCGCCCAAUAUCAGUUGCCGAACUUUUAUGUAAAUGCUUACGAGAAUUCAGCUAGUAAUUCUAUGGCCGGUAACAACAACAAUUACUCGUUGCUGCUUUGCCAUGCCAACUCCGCGUCAAGUCCAACGGCUGUGCGUAAGCGUGAGAAACUGCUUCACCGUUUUAGUGAUGCUGCCACGCUGGGCCGGAAGCUGAAGAAGAAGAAGAAUACGAAUAGAACGUGCCGUUCAAUGACUGAAGCCAUAGAGAUGCUUGCUGAUCCCGUCAUUGAGGAUGAAUUCUUUGGCGAUCGUACAACGUGGGAGUAUCAUACGGUGUCUGUAACACGUGUUCCGGGAUAUGGAUUCGGUAUAGCCGUUUCAGGUGGUCGAGAUAACCCACAUUUUGCUAAUGGUGAUCCCUCAAUUGCUGUAAGCGACGUACUAAAAGGCGGCCCUGCCGAGGAUCGCUUACAAGUCAACGAUCGAAUAAUAUCUGUGAAUGGAGUUUCUUUAGAAAAUGUUGAAUAUGCCACUGCGGUGCAGGUGCUAAGAGAUAGCGGCAACACAGUAGCGCUUGUUGUUAAACGGCGCGUUCCUAUUAGCUCCACAGCACAAAAUCAUCAGCCUCCUAAUAUGAGUUCGCUCGGAUUAACGGCGCCAAAUAUGAAUGUCAAUGCCAUACCAAUUCACACGAGCGGCGCAUUGACUGGAGCGAGUCAAUCCAACUCAUUGAAUACUUCGCUCGUACAAAACAAUACAGCGCAACCCAUUAAAGUGACUCUCACUAAGGGAAGUAAAAAGGACGACUAUGGCAUUGUGCUUGGCUGUAGAUUAUUUAUCAAGGAAAUUUCGACGAAGGCUCACGAUCAGUUGGCCGCAAACGGCUAUUCGCUACAAGAAGGUGACGUAAUCACACGGAUACACAACACAAAUUGUGGGGAUACGAUGAGCUUAAAGGAGGCAAAGAAAAUAAUCGAUGGCUGCAAGGAGCGUUUAAAUUUGGUUGUGUUGCGUGAUAUCACCAAUCAGGCUGUAACAGCAAUCACCAAUCAGCUGAACAACUCUACAACACAAUCAAACUUGUAUAUCAGUCACCAAUCGCAGGUUUCCAACUGUAGUAACAAUCUGGAUGAUCCCUAUUUAAAUGGUGGUACGAAUUACUCAUCGCAAAAUUUGUAUGUACAACCACCGACGCGCUCAUUGGCGAAUGGCCCAUCAAAUGGAUUGAACGACGAAAAGAGCAACCUAACGCCUAGGGGUCGUUCGCGUGGACCCAUUAUGGAUGCUGUUUCACUUUCGCAGCUUGAUCGUCCAGUAACGCCACCAAAUGAUAUCCGUGCACGCACCGAUGAACCACCGCGACCACCACCGCCUCGAGGCAAUGGUACUGGCAGCACAGAAAAUUUUUAUAGUUCCCGUCGACAAAUUUGCGAAUCCGAGCAGUUGGCACACCCAAGGCAAUCAUCGGAGCCACGCUUUAUAUCAUUCCAAAAAGAGGGAAGUGUGGGAAUACGACUAACCGGUGGCAAUGAGUCUGGAAUUUUCGUUACAGCCAUACAACCGGGUUCGCCAGCAUCUUUGCAAGGUCUGAUACCGGGCGAUAAAAUUAUAAAAGUCAACGAUAUGGACAUGCAUGGUGUAACACGUGAAGAGGCGGUGCUAUUUCUGCUCAGCCUGCAAGAUCGCAUUGAUUUGAUUGUACAAUAUUGCAAAGAAGAGUACGACGAAGUGGUAACGAAUCAACGUGGGGACUCCUUUCAUAUUAAAACCCACUUUCACUGCGAUCAUCCGUCGAAAGGUGAGAUGGCUUUUAAAGCCGGAGAUGUGUUUCGAGUCAUUGAUACACUGCACAACGGUGUUGUCGGCUCUUGGCAAGUACUGAAAAUAGGACGAGGGCAUCAGGAGAUGCAGCGUGGUGUUAUACCAAACAAAUCCCGAGCCGAAGAGUUGGCGACAGCACAAUUUAAUGCCAAUAAAAAGGAAAUGAAUUCAAAUGAGUCCCGUGGAAAUUUCUUUCGAAGAAGGCGGUCUACCCACCGGCGUUCGAAAAGUCUGUCUAGGGAAAACUGGGAUGAUGUGGUUUUUGCUGAUAGUAUAUCAAAAUUUCCUGCAUAUGAACGUGUAGUUCUGCGCCAUCCGGGUUUCGUUCGCCCUUUGGUACUCUUCGGGCCAGUGUCUGACUUAGCGCGUGAAAAACUUGCUAAAGAAUUUCCCGAUAAGUUCUCAACACCGCUACAAGAUGAUGAUAAGUCGAACACGAAAGGUCGGAUAGUGCGCCUCUCGAAUAUACGCGACAUAAUGGAUCGCGGCAAACACGCUCUGUUGGAUAUAACGCCCAAUGCGGUCGAUCGACUAAACUAUGCGCAAUUCUAUCCGAUCGUUAUAUUCUUGAAGACUGACAGUAAACAUGUCAUAAAGCAGUUACGCCACAGAUUGCCCAAGUCGGCACAUAAGAGCUCGAAAAAAUUGCUCGAGCAAUGUCAAAAAUUGGAGCGUUUCUGGUCGCAUAUAUUUAGCACUCACAUUGUGUUGAACGACGAGGAGUCGUGGUACCGAAAACUGCGCGAUGCGAUUGAUCUACAACAAAGUGGUGCGGUAUGGAUGUCCGAGUCAAAGCCGAUUGAAUCCCUUUCCGACGAUUUCCUCUUCCCUAUGACCACCUCCCGUCUAUCGUAUGCAUCGAGUCCGGAAUCUGAUUUGGAAUUAAGUCCGGGACCGUCGACGUCAUUGUCCCUUGGUAAUUUGCCGCAAUUGGUCAAAUCGAGCUCAGAUCCGUCGAUUGCCACUAAUCAGGAUAACUUGGAUAGGGAUAGAGAUACUGUUGGUGAUGGACUACCACCUCCAUAUACGAUUCCCUAUGACCACGCUGCGAAUUUACCACCGAACCGCCGCCAAACCAUGGAUACCAAUAAAUAUGGUGCCUAUUCGACAGCAUCCAACAUAGUUGCUGCAGGUGUUGGAGUUUCUGACUCAUCAAUGCCCUCCACACGCCCACAAUCAUUUUAUGGUAUGCAUGCACCUGAUCUCCCGCCACGUAUCGAUCGUCAAUCUAAGCCUGGACCAGGUGAGAUGCCGCCGCCUCCUCGUUCCAAUAGCUCGGGUGGGACAUUGGGUCGAUCGGCACAGGAGCGUCUAUUUGGCAAACCGAUAGUCAAUGAUGAAGUACAAGCUGAAUAUAUCUCUCGAAGCACCAGCGACUCAAUGGAUCGUCAUCAUGCUUCAUUGGAACGACAGGCACUUCUCAAUGCAGCCAUUUCCAAUCCACCGGUUGGUGGUAAUAAAGUAACACAACAAAAUGGCAGUGCAUACGACAGUGUGUCCAGUUACGAUUCGUAUAAUACGUCACAGUUAACAGUACAAAAUCUGGGCAGACUUGGCCCAAACGCACCCGAUGAUCUCAAGUCCGUUCCGAAUGCGAGCCGACCACUACCACCCGUUGGUAUGAGCUCCCAAGCGCCAGAUUAUGGGCGCACCACCCACGAUCACCGCAGCUUUUCAGGUCCCAACGAUCUUAAUCGCCAAAGCAGUCCCGUCAGACCCUCUUACCAUGAAAGCAAUUCAGCGAGAAAUAUUGAUACUCGUAAUGGACAAUUACAACGGCCAUCCAAUUUGGGACUUGAAAGUAGUCCACGUAAGUCAGUUGUUGAAACGAAAACUGACUAUGGAAAAUACAGUCGCAACAACUCAGUAACACAAGCUGAUUACAAUAAACUGCCGAAGAAUCCUCAUAUGGUUGUUCCACCACCAAACAUUAAUGGCAACAACAAUAGCAGCGGUAACGGAGCAUCGAAUAGCAGUGGUAGUGGCCCAUUUAAACCUGUUCCACCGCCCAAGCCGAAAAAUUACCGGCCGCCAGUGCAUGGAGGUAACAACGCCAGCGGUCAAUGGGAAAGUGGGGACUCAAGUUCUCCACGCUCACCAAAUGGAUUUUUUUAUCCGCCCAUGACAGCCUCUCAUCAACAUUACGCGCAGCAGACGCCGGGAUCACCGGGCCAUGGUAACAAUAAGAACGCACAUUCAACAUAUGGUAGCAACAGUAAUUACGUUCAACAGUCACAAUAUCCGCCUCCGCCUGUGAAUGGAUAUGUUGGUAAUCACCACUACAAUGGCGGAAGUGGAACGGGCCCGUACAUCGCGCCACAUCGUGGGAUACCAGCGCCUCUUGGUAACAUCCCAUCGCAUACACCUGAACGAAACCCAUUGGAUUUGGCUGGUAGUCGAGAGCAACGCGGAUCAGCAUUUGAACUAUACCGCAAACCUCAAAUUGGUUCAACAGGGCACCAUCACAACAUGAGCGAAAUGGAGCCAUUUGAAGAAAGAUUUGACGACCGUUUUUCGAUGGCGCCACUACCAUCAGGCCAUCCCUGUUCACGUCCAGCUUCACGUUAUUCCAGCCAAUUAGGUCACCCACCACCACCGCCACCACCAAAUCAUAAUCCCGAUUAUUACAGUUACCAAAUGUGCUCUGAUUAUUCUCAAUUGCCGCGCCAGUACUAUGAGGAAAACUCUAUGCCUCCACCAUUACUACCGCACAAGCCGAAGAAGAAAUCUGUACUGAAAAGCCCAUUAGUGGCAAUUAAAAACGCCUUCAUAAAAACAACGCGGCCGCUGAGGCGCAUGAGUAGUAUGGUUGAGCCAGAAAGGAAACCGAAAUUAUCGCUAAAGCGUCAACAUUCUAUGCUGGAGCGAGGUAUGCAAAGACCCUAUUACCCUGACGAAUACCCCACCUAUCCAGCGGGCUUCGAAGGUCGAUAUUAUAACGCAUCACGCGGAAACGGUGCACUUCCGCACGGUAUGAUUCAGCGAGAGGAGUAUUAUCUGUAUCGAGAUCAAUACCACCAAGGCCUAAUAGAUAGCACCUACCAAAAUUUAGAAGGUGAAGAUAUAUAUGGAAACAUAGGGACUGUACCGCGAAUGCAUAGAGAUAGACGAGAGGAAUAUAGCACUAUCGGUCAGGAAAAUUUAUAUGCAAACAGAGCUUUCAUUGAACUGGAGCGAAGGCAAGCAGAUGCAAUGGCAGUUGUAAAUCGAAAUGGUCGCCGAAUAAUAAGACGGCAUAGCACGACAGCAGCAGAUCGCAUGGAUGGCAAAAGGAUGAUGUCCGAUGUCACUAAUGGGACGGCCUAUGGCCAGGAUGAAAUAUAUCAGAGUAGAAUGGAUGCUUAUAUUUCAAAUAAUCAACGAAGAGCACCGAAUUCAGAAGUUAUGACACGAAGGCGCUUUUAUGCCGCCACAUCAAACGAAUUCGUAGAUCCGAUUUACCAAACCCGCAAAGAAGUACAAGGCGAAAUUCAUCGAAAUCACUUGUCUGAAAAAGAAAUGCAAGAACGGAUAAAUAGAGGAAAACAAAAUAUGGAAAAGAGAUGGAGUCCCCAGAGCAGUAGCCAAUCAGAUCGCGAUGACAAGUCAGAUCGUGAAUCAAAUUAUCAAAGUAGGCGCGAAGUAAAAGAGAGCACGUUAAUAACGCGCGCUCAGUUAAGAGAGCAGAUUUACCAAACUCGUCGAGAAGCGUUCGACAGCAUGGCUGAACCCAUAUAUGUGUCGAAAAAGAAAGAUAUAGGUCGACCAGAGCCCAUAUACGAAACAAAAGAAGAAAGUAUUUUGCAAUCGCAUGAAAAUGAGACUGAUGAGAAAAAAGAGGAAAAAACCGAAUGUACCGUUGUUGAAAUUAAUUCAAAUGAUGAAACUUUAAGUCGUUCAGAUCUACACAAGUCUUCAGAUACUGUCAUAGCAAACACGGUAAUAGAAACGCAAAAUAUGCCCAUAGGUAAAGCUCCACUUGUGCAAUGCGAAGAUGUAGAUGAUGAUUUGGAAAAUGCUGAUGACGAAGUCGCAGUAACCCAACAACCUCCUAAUAAUGAUAUCAAACAUAAAAAUGUCGUAUUACAAACUUUAAACAAUGAAGCUUGUGAACACUCUGACGAAGUAUCAGAAACAUUAUAUGUAAAGGCUUCACCUCCGAUUGUAGACGAGCCACCGCUUGCCUUGGAGUUACCAAAACCUACACAAAAAUUAAACAGUCACUUGCCACGCGCCCCAUUCCAUAUCUCAAACAUUCUGAAACGUACGGGUCCUCCACCUGUAACCGCCGAUAGUCAUACAUCGCUAGAAACACAAUACACAUCCCAAGGCAGCUUACCUGUGGGUGCACCUAAAGCAAGCAGUACCCCUUAUACUAGUAAUAUGUCGUUGCAAAUUGCCGGUCCAGUGCCUGUACCUACUCCGGCUGCUACCGGCAUUUCGCACGUAGGCGCAUUUCCAGCAACGCCUCGAGAGCCCACUACUACUCGUGGCAUUUUCGAUUCAAACGGAGGCACAUUAGCGGAUAAUGUUUGGAAUGUUUCACUGCAGAUACCGGCGGGCGCCAUACCAAUGGGUGUCGAACAGGAAAUAUACUUCACAGUUAGUGAUCCCCGCUUGGGCGAAGCCAUUGGCGGACCGCCGCUGGAUAUGGAAAACGGUGAAACAAUGUUAUCUCCUUUGGUAAUGUGUGGUCCACAAGGACUAGAAUUCUUAGUGCCGGUAACACUAAACAUUCCACAUUGUGCGGGCCGAACAGCAUCUUUGGGAUUGGCGUUGAAAGCUACAGACAGUGAAAAAAAUCUACACACAGAAUGGGACAAUAUUGAUUUGCCGAGUAAUGCCGCUGCUCAUACGGUCUCAGUGAAAGUGGAUCAUUUCUAGAACAUAAAAUUUUAUAUUUAAAUUAAUAAAUUUAAGUGCAUAUAAAUAUAUCCAUUGUAUGUGGGUAAAUAUGUAUGCAUGCAUAUUUAGAGCUAAGUCUGUAUGGUAUUUAAUACACCAAUUAUAUAAUUAGAAAUUGGCCAAGUUUUGCUACCAUAUUGUUUUGUAAAUAUACAUAUUUUACGAACAUCGUUCCGAAGGAAUGUCGUUUUUUAACCGCAAAGGAAUAUUUUUUGAUAAACCAAUAUAUAUAUAUAUACCUAUAUAGUAUAUUUAAAAACAAACGCGUAGAUAUGUGUGCCUUUAUUAGGUCAUUAUACUCACAUACGUAUUAUAUUACAUAAAUCGCAAAUAAAUAUGCAAAUCUAAUAUAUAUAUGUAUAUCAUAUACAUAUAUAUAUCACUUUUACGAAAUAUUUACAUAUAUUAAAAUACUAGACAUAUUUCUAUACAAUUUCAACUAAGUGUCAUUAUAAUAAAAAUUAACCUGAGUAAUAAGAAACUAAAAACAUAAACGAAUAAUGCCCGGUGUUAAUUAUUUCUUGCAAAAUAACUUGCGUAGUCAAU